AUGGCGAGGCUUGAGUCGGAGUUUCAGGAGAUCAUAACGGAGAUGAUAGCUUUGGCAGCCAAGCCGAACAUCUCGGACUUCUAUCCCGGCUUGGCCCGGUUCGACUUGCAAGGCAUAGUGAGGAGGACGAACAUUUUAGCCAACAGGUUUGAUAGUUUUUGCAAUAUGGUGAUUGCCAACAGGUUGCAAAUGGACGAAGAAGGUUGGAAUCAAAACGUUGGUGAUGAAGUCAAUUCAACUCAGGACUUUUUGCAAUAUUUGCUCAGACUAAAGACAGAUGGGGACUUGGAUGGGGGUGCCCCAUUCACCAUGACUCAACUCAAAGCCCUACUUCUGGACAUGGUAGUUGGAGGGACUGAGACGAGCUCCAAUUCGGUCGAGUUCGCCAUGGCCGAGAUGAUCAAGAACCCCGAAGUGAUGUCCAAAGCCCAACGAGAGCUUGAGCAAGUCGUAGGCAAAGACAACAUGAUGGAAGAAUCACACCUGCACGACCUCCCCUACUUAAAAGCAGUCAUGAGGGAGACUCUAAGGUUACAUCCCGCCCUUCCGCUAUUGAUGCCUCAUUGCCCUAAUGAGACCUGCUUGAACUUUGACCCGGAGAGGUUUGCCGGUGCGGACAACAAGUGGGACCUCAAUGGGAGUGCCCUGAAUUACAAACCGUUCGGGUCGAGCCACAGGAUUUGCCCUGGGACGGUGAUGGGAGACAAGGUGGUGCUGUACUCCCUCGCUACGCUUGUGCACUCCUUCGAAUGGAAACUGCUGGGCGGUGGUGAGGAGAACCUGGAUGUUUCAGAGGAGUUCGGCAUAAAUCUGAAGAAGAAAGAACCUCUUGUCGUGAUUCCUACGCCGAGGUUGUCCAAUCCUGCACUCUUUGAGUACAAGAUGAGUAUUAGAAUGAUGAGUACUGAAUGGAUGAGAAGGAUGUUUCCAAAGAAAAGAAAGAAUAUAAUGAAGCUUCCGUGUUGUAGAGCACUAGCGAGAGUUGAGCCGCGGUAA